UUCAUCACUAAGCUGGGGCCUUCGUAUUCAUUCGUUGUAUGGUUAUGAAAGCGAUAUCUGGUGGUUAGUUCCGUUAUCUCGUGACGCUAAUUCUCCGAUCUUGCAUUGGGAUCUACAAGGCUUUCGCUUCAACUUCUGUGUUCUUAUCGUCUUACAGUCCCUGGAUUGAAUUGGAAAUUUUCACAUCACUAUGCGAUGGAAAUGCAACUACCUGCAAAGGAAGAUCUGUAUGGAGGUGUUGUGGUAGAGAUGAAGGAGAAUAUGGACCCUGAUGUCUUUCAUGCGCUGCUUAAAACUUCAAAAUUGCAGUGGAAAUUACAGGGCAAGAAGGGUGUUUGGAUUAAACUGCCAAUUAAUCUGGUAAAUCUUGUUGAAACUGCAAUUAAGGAGGGCUUUUGGUACCACCAUGCUGAACCCAAGUUCCUGAUGCUCGCCGACUGGCUUCCCGAAACCACAAGUACUCUCCCAGGAAAUGCUACACAUAUAGCUCGUGUUGGUGCUAUUGUCUUAAAUGAUAAACAAGAGAUCCUCGUUGUCCAGGAGAAGCUUGGGGGAAAAACGGAAGUUUGGAAGAUCUCUACAGGAAUUCUUAAACAGGGUGAGGAUAUUCAUGUAGGGGUGGUUAGAGAAGUAAAAGAAGAGACAGGAAUAGAUACAGAGUUUGUUGAAGUGCGGGCAUUCAGUCAAGAGCAUGAUGUAUUCUUUGGGAAAUCAGAAGUACUCUUCCUGUGCAUGAUGCGCCCACUAUCGUUUGACAUCCAAAUUCAAGAAACGGAAAUUAAGGCAGCAAAGGUACUGACCAAUGUUAUUGCACACAGGCAGGGGCAUCUCCAAUUCCGGUUUUACUACGGAGGAGGAUUCGCAAUGGCGUCGGGUGGGAGUACUGCAAUUAUCGGCUCACAAUCGGGAUCUCCACAAGGAUUUCCAUGGGCCGCAAAAAAGAUCAAGCUGCCGGAAUUUCAUGGUUUUGAUCCGCAAGGGUGGAUUAAGAAAGCGGAAUUGUAUUUCGAUAUUCAUGGUGCGCCUCUUCAUCUUUGA